AUGUUGCUGUGCAGUGUUGCCAUCAACGAGCAACCAGGGCCCAUGACGGACACAGGGCCCACCACCGAUCUAAACACUGUGAAGAGAACAAAUUCAUCCGAGCAAGUUGGCCCUAACAACAGGAAAGACAGUGGUGUGGACUCCAAAAGCAAUCGCACACGCGCUGGUUCCACAGGGAGCAACUCCAGUGGCAAGAAAGCCACAGAAAACACUGUGAAGAGAACAAAUUCAUCCGAGCAAGUUGGCCCUAACAACAGGAAAGACAGUGGUGUGGACUCCAAAAGCAAUCGCACACGCGCUGGUUCCACAGGGAGCAACUCCAGUGGCAAGAAAGCCACAGAAAACAAACAGAGGGAGCCUGUUUUCAGCGCAGGGAUGCGACGUGUGACUCACUGCAAAGAUGAAGGGUAUGUCAAAAUGUAUUUGAAGGGACGACCCAUCACCAUGUACAUGCCCAGAGACCUGGUGGACACAUACUGCCUGGAAGCAAAGGCUGACUUGCCUCCUAAAAAACUGAAGCUAGACUGGGUCUAUGGUUACCGGGGCCGUGACUGUCGAUCCAACCUGUACUUGCUCCCGACGGGGGAAACGGUUUACUUCAUCGCAUCUGUGGUUGUGCUGUAUAAUGUUGAUGAGCAACUACAAAGACACUACACUGGACAUACUGAUGAUAUCAAGUGCCUCACUGUCCAUCCUGAUAAAAUCACCAUAGCAACAGGACAAGUGGCUGGCACAUCCUCAGAUGGAAAAUUGGCUCCUCAUGUGCGAGUGUGGGACUCUGUGAGUUUGAACACGUUGCACAUCCUUGGAACUGGUUUCUUUGAUCGAGCUCUGGUUUGCCUCUCCUUCUCAAAGUCGAAUGGAGGAAGCUGGUUGUGUGUUGUGGACGACUCCAAUGACCACAUUCUCUCUGUGUGGGACUGGCAGAGGGAGGAAAGACUUGCUGAAGUCAAGUGCUCCAAUGAGUCAGUCUUUGCUGCUGAUUUCCACCCGACAGAUGCUAAUAUAAUUGUAACCUGCGGGAAGUCACACCUUUAUUUCUGGUCAUUAGAAAAGGGAUCUCUUGUGAAAAAACAGGGUCUUUUUGAGAAACAAGAGAAGCCCAAGUUUGUAUUGUGUGUGACUUUUUCAGAAAAUGGCGACGCCAUCACUGGAGACUCGAGUGGAAAUAUACUUGUGUGGGGCAAAGGAUCUAAUCGUAUUAGCUUGGCCAUUCAGGGAGCACAUGAGGCAAGCGUCUUUGCACUUUGCAUGUUGAGAAAUGGCACGCUGGUCUCAGGUGGGAAGGACCGGAAACUCAUCUCCUGGGAUGAAAAUUAUCAAAAGAUUCAAGCGGUGGAGGUCCCGGAGUUAUAUGGCCCUAUUCGGACUGUGGCUGAAGGACGGGGAGAAACGGUUCUUAUUGGCACUACCAAAAACUAUGUCCUGCAAGGCAGUCUGGAUGGGGAGUUCAUACCCAUCACCCAGGGCCACACAGAUGAGCUAUGGGGCCUGACUGUACAUCCGCUGAAGCAUCAGUUCCUCACCUGUGGCCAUGACAAGCAUGUCUGCCUGUGGGACUCUGCCUCUCAUCGGCCCAUCUGGACCAAAACAUUGGAGGACGCCGCUCAGUCGGCCGGCUUCCACCCUUCUGGGGCAACGGUUGCUAUAGGAACGCAGACGGGCAGGUGGCUUGUGCUCGAUACCGAAUCGAAGGAUCUGGUCACGGUGCACACGGACGGAAACGAACAGCUGUCGGUUAUGCGCUUUUCUCCAGAUGGUAAUUUCCUUGCAAUCGGGUCACAUGACAACUACAUCUACAUUUAUGCUGUUGCAGAAAAUGGCAAGAAAUACAGUAGAGUUGGAAAGUGCUCAGGUCAUUCUAGUUUCAUCACCCAUCUGGAUUGGUCUGUGGAUUCUCAGUACUUAGUAUCCAACUCAGGGGACUAUGAGAUCCUUUACUGGAUUCCUUCUGUGUGCAAGCAAGUAGUGAGUGUGGAGACCACCCGGGAUAUUGAAUGGGCCACUUUCACCUGUAUUCUGGGCUUCCAUAUUUUUGGACUGUGGCCGGAUGGCUCAGAUGGUACUGACAUCAAUGCUGUGUGCAGUUCAAAUGCAAAGAAACUGCUUAUCACCGGAGACGACUUUGGCAAAGUUCACCUCUUCUCGUUCCCUUGCUCUCAGUCCCGAGCUCCUUGUCACAUCUACGGUGGACACAGCAGCCACGUCACCAAUGUUAAUUUCUUAAAUGACGACAGCCAAUUAAUCUCUACAGGAGGGAAGGACAUGAGCGUAAUGCAGUGGCGUGUAGUGUAAAAUGACCACUGUCACACUGAACUUCCUUAUUUUUCUAGUAUCAAGUGACUUGGGAAAGCAAAAGUGGGGCCAUCGGCUACAGAGUAAAGUGGAGCCUCAAUUUUAUUUGCCUUUAAAUUUUAUCUCAGGACACCAAUAUUUGAAGUGACUCUCUGUUUUGACCGUGUCACAUGUUCCCUAGACUAUGAAAGAGAUGUUUUGUGAUGGAAACCCAUCUCUUUAGUUGAAUAACAAACUAAAGAAUCUGCUCUACAGGACAAAGUUUAAUGUGAUGCCAAAGCACAUCGGAAUGAAUAGUCCAGUCCAGUUUAUAUCAUCAUAACAUUUUAAUCACUUACCAUCAGUUAUACUCUAUCACACUGACUGUGUUUUGAUAAAUUGCACGUUAACCAUCAUUUUAUACUAAAAUUUGCCUCCAUAAUUAUUUUUUAAACUUUUGCUGCCACCGUAUGGUACGUUGCGGUAUUGCAGCCACCUUCCCAUCGCUGACUUUAUUUGAUCCUCUGCUGUAGUCAACUACUUGUGGUGUUUCAUGGAUUUAAAUGUUUUUUUUUUUCAAUAUUCAAUCAGCCAUCAAAAUCCUCUCAAGGAU